AUGCCUGAGAUGCUGCCAGCAGCUCUUGAGUCGUUUUUUCCGGGCUUUUCUCUCAUUUCCCGGAUUCUUUCCUUCUACCUUCACAUUGAUCUAUCCUCAUACUCGGUUUACCUCAUCCUACUUACCGUUUUACCUCCAUUCUUCGGUUUUGUCCUUCCUCGGUUUUUCGACAACCUCCAACAAGUGCUCCUUUGCUUUACCGCGUCCAUCGAGAUUCCAUACCAAGACAGACUACAUACCCAGUUUAUACGAUGGAUGUCAACGAAUGAUUCAUUGAGGCGAAGCUCGCGUUGCAUUGCCCGAGAAAAAGUUGUCAUCACACCCCCCUGGCAAUAUGAGGAAGACGACGAGGAGGAAAACGAAGAUCUCGAAGACCAAGCCUAUUUCGAAUCGGACAGGGGGGCUUUCUGGCUCUCUCUAAGGAGAAACAUAAAGCCAAUUCGUUUUACCCCCAGCCAGAGGAAACUUCAUUUCUUCCAAUAUCAAAGAUGUAUCUUGGCUGUCUAUCGCGAUCCAGAGGAGUAUCACAAUAACGUCUGGUUUACGAAUGCAGAAGUCAUCAGAGUUUACUCCUUUUUCUGGAGCAAAAAGGUACUGCUCAGUCUCUUACAAGAGGUACAGCAAGUCUCAAUCGACCGGAAGAAGGAGCGAAUUACGAUUCAUCGCGGCUUCAUUCGAAAGGGCACGAGCAGUUGGGUUCCGACUACUUCCAAGGUUCCUCGCCCACUAGCGACAUUAGUCUUGCCUCGACAGAUCAAGGAACAAUUUCUGGAGGAUAUCGAGACUUUCUUGAGCUCCCAAAACAAAGACUGGUACCAGUCUCGUGGCAUUCCAUACCGCCGAGGUUACCUUCUCUAUGGUCCCCCGGGAACAGGGAAGUCAAGCAUGUGCUUCGCAAUCGCUGGGCGCCUUUGGCUUGAUAUCUAUACUAUCAGCCUGAACUCCCGGAAGCUCGAUGAGGAUGGUUUGGCUAGCCUCUUCCAAGGUCUUCCGAAACGUUGUAUAGUUCUUCUCGAGGACGUGGACACUGCCGGACUCCGCGAGGCGGGUAACUUGUCGCAAGCACCGGCCAAUGCUGAUGGGCCGGAGAAAUCGUUUGAAGACAAGGAGCCCGAUGGCGGUGGUAUCUCUUUGUCAGCCCUUCUGAAUGUUCUUGAUGGUGUUGGGGCACAUGAAGGCCGCAUUCUCAUCAUGACAACCAACCACCUGGAAAAACUUGAUGCGGCCUUAACUCGACCUGGUCGUGUGGACAAAAUGUACUACUUGGGCUUUGCGGAUACGCCGAGCAUCAAGCAGCUCUUCAGCGUGUUCUAUGCAGCAACAAUCGACGAGGGGUCCACAUGUGACCCUUCGAAUGAGACUGGCAACGGACCAGCGAAUCAGUCGGCAAGGGAGAAUCACAUCUUAUCCGAAAAGUUUGCACACAUAGUUUCUUCCGGGCAGUUUACCGCGGCGGAGGUUAUUAACUAUCUGAUGGAUUUCAAAGACGAUCCUGAAGCGGCAGUUGAAAAAGCCAACGACUGGGUCAUGUACAAGAAGGAAGCGGUUAUGCCCCGAGACUAA